GCAUGAAAUUUAUCAUAUUAGUAAGUAUAAGGCACUUUGUAGCCGGAAUUUAGCCGCCGAACCGCCGCCGGCCAGCCUUUAAACUGAGAGCCCGCCAUAGAAGAAUUUGUUUAAAUGCAAGCAUGACCUUGUAAGAGAAAUUUUGCCCACCCAAGGGAACUGUAUCCCAGGCGUGCGGUCAGGUUUUGUACUAGAAAUGGUUCCCGACGUGGCCGAGCAUGCCCGUUUCUUCGAUCACCUUGUCGAAUUAGUUCCAGCUAAGUUCUAUUACGACGACGAAUCCGCACGGAUAAACCCGCGCCACUUGGCCAAGGCGGCACGGGAGGCGCUGAAGGCGGAUGCAAAGUCUAAGGCAAAGAUUGCCAAGCGCGAGAAACUUGAUCCUGAUAAGGCGGCUACGACUUUAGAAUUACAGCGGCGGAAAGCCCAGGCGUCCAAGGACCACGUAUUGGCUAACGGAGCCGGCGGCGACGUGGCAACCCCUUCCGGUCGCCUAGACGCAGUCGCCGGGGCUACGGGGCAACCUUCCGGUGGGCAGUCUUCGGGCCCACCCGCGGCGAGGGGCCUCAACUUGCAGCUAUCGGGUGGGACACUGAGCCGCCAGGAGCUGCUCGAGCGACUGCACAAGAAAGUGGAGGAAGCCCGGCAGCGGCGCAAAGCGUCCGAAGAGACGGCCGCCAAGGCUAAGGAAUGGAAGCAAAACGCUCUGAGGGACAACGCGGCGGCCAAGCAGCAGCAGGCCAAGCAGCAGCUGGCUGGCUCCAAGCGCAAAAGCGGAGUCGGGGAGGGGCCCGUGGGCGGCGACACGGCCGCCGGAGCCAAGUCACCCGGCCACCUGGGUCAGGCUCAGGGCAAGAGUCAGGGCCAGUCUGCGAAGAAGGCACGGCGGGAGGACCAGGCGGGGGGCAGCAGCGGCGAGGACCCGGUGGACUUCAAGUUUCCUCGGAUAGAGCUCGAGGACGGUGGGCGCCACGGCAAGCCUCCUGGGGCCCGGAAGCUCUCCAAGCAGGCGCUGUUGAAGCAGGUGGAAGCCAAGAAGGCCGAGCUGGAGGCGCUGGGCGGCACAGAGGAGGGCAAGGCCAAGGUGCAGCAAUCAGCCUGGAAAGCGGCGCUCGCGCGCGCUGGGGGUGAGAAGGUUCUCGACGACCCCAAGUUGCUGCGGCGCUCCCUCAAGCGGGAGAGCAAGCGGAAGGAGAAGCAUAGCAAGGCCUGGCAGGAGAGGGUAGCGUCCCAGCAGGACGCCCAGGCGGCCCGUCAGGCCAAGCGCAAGGAAAACCUUGCGGCACGCCGGCAGACCAAGGUGGACAACAAGAAGGCCAAGCGCGAGAAAAAGCUGCUGCGACCGGGUUUCGAGGGCCGCAAGGAGGGCUUCAUCACGCCCGGCGGAAGCCAAGGCGGCAAGUAGAACACCUUGACAUUGAAACAAGGAUGUCCAGGUGUUCGGUCCCUCAGAAACUCGACAGGAACUUGUG